GCGCGCGAGUGUGUACCCAUCUCGAUCCCUCCACCUGAAUCACAGCAGACGGGGGUGAAAAUGGACGGAGUGGGGUCUUUCGGGGCAGGAAGGGCUGGGGCAGAAUUCGACCCCAUCUCCUUCAUCCAGCAGCCGCAGACCAUCCUCAGGAUGUUAUCAUGGAUUUUCUCGAUGGUGGUGUUCGGCUCCAUAGUAAAUGAAGGCUACAUUAACAUCGGAAGUGAGACUCUCCAUUGUGUUUUCAACAGGAACGAUGACGCCUGCAAUUACGGCGUCACCAUUGGGAUCAUAGCCUUUUUGGCGUGCAUCUUCUUCCUGGUCCUUGACAUAAAAUUCCAACAAAUCAGCAGUGUUAAAGACAGGAAGAAGGCAGUCUUGCUGGAGAUUGGGUUUUCAGGUUUAUGGGCAUUCCUGUGGUUUGUUGGUUUCUGUUUCUUGACUAACCAGUGGCAGCGCACCACACCAGACAAGCUGCCACUGAACCAGGGAGCUGAUGCAGCCAGAGCCGCCAUUGCGUUCUCCUUCUUCUCCAUCUUCACCUGGGCUGGUCUGACCGUGAGAGCAGUGCAGAAGUAUCUUCUGGGGACGGACAUGUCUCUCUUCACCACAGAACAUCUGGAUGGCAACCAGCCCAUCCCGCCGUACCCCAGCGCGCCAGGCACGGAGACCAUCGACGCCUACCAGAGCCCACCUUUCACCGAGAAGGCCGACCCCAACGCCCCGACCUACCAGGUGCCCAUUUAUUAAAGGCGCCGAUCAGGAUCCGUGUGAAGCAUAACCGAUCCGUCAAAAGGUAGUAUGAGUGCAGGAGGAGGCUCCGGCCUUUCCCCAAGCUGACGUGGUGUGUGCCAGUGUUCAUAGGUAGUGCUGUGCUGUGACCUUCUGUACAAGAGUGUGUCGAUUGUGACUUUUUAUUUCAUUUGGGUCUAUAUGAAAUAGUUAAACAUUUAUUUAUCAGGUUGAAUCGACGGGGAAAUGAAAUAAGAUACACGUCUUAUAUGUAUGACAGGGUCGCUUACAGUCCUGUCGGGUCACCAAAACAAGGGAAAAGUCAGCUACGAUUCAUAGAAAUAUAACACGAGAACCUUACAAAACAAAAAAUAAUUAAAAAAUGACAAAAAUAAAACAGUGUGUGAUUAAAAACGUCAGCGCUGUUUAAGCUAGGGGAAAGAUAAAUAUGCAUGUGCAACAUAUUCAGAAAGCGUUUUAACCGUCAUGCAUCAAAGAUCUUAAAUUGAAACAUUACAUUAAGUGUUUAUGUGGACAUAUGAAGUGCAAUAUAAAAAAAAAUAAAAGAAAUAUAUAAGUAUGAAAGGAAUCUUCUGAUGAUACUCAGAUAUGUUUACCAGUUACAACCUGCCAAACUGUGUGUGUCAGAGUGUGUGCAUUCUCGCUCAAACGGCGACGCAGUCGUACCGCAGGUCUCUUAUGCUGAAGAGCUUCUCGAGCAGCGCCGACUCAUUUACAGGGUUCUGUGUUCACACCCGGAUCAAGAGCGCACCGUUCAGUGUUUCUUUGUUCAAUUGUUCUUUACCUGGCGGUACCACAGACGGUGGAACCGUGGAAGUAGAGGUUUAAAAAUCAUACAGACGAUGUGCGAAAUAAUAAAGCAAGCGACUCGCGUUUUGUUGUUCCAACAAACUUUUAGCUGCUUCAGAGAAAAAGGUUUCUAGAAUAAAACAGCAGUUGGAAAAAAAAGUUCAGUUUGCCAUGAUGUUAAACAAUCACACACGCACGUGCAAUCGUGGUGAUGAAAGCAGAUCUUACGAUUUUCGUAUAAAAAAAUUAACUUCAUCGGCAAAAAAAACAACAACCUUGUGGCGGACUUUUCAGGAAUAACUUCAAACCCGACUUUAACAUAAACACAAUAUUAACUGAGAUUAGAAUUAGUUUUUAAGUUGUUGAAACGAUUUUGUGAAAACAAUGUUUGGUGACCAUCAGUGCUCUCUGUCCGAUGUGGUUGAGGAUAUCACAACAACGUCUCUGUGUUCUCAGAUAGGGAAGCGAUACUGACUGUAACUCAAAACAUAGAGUAAAAACAAGGUACGUUUGUGAAAUAGACCAGGGUUUUUUUUUCUGUGUGCAAAAUAUAAAAUAUAAAUAUAAUAAAAAUAACAUUACUGCUUCUGUACCGAUCAGUUUAGGUUUUGCUGUAGAAAUAAAAAAGGGCACCAGAGAUGAGAGAGGUCGACUCAUAUACAGUACAUGAAAGUUAUCACUUGCUUAUUGUUUUGUUUUUCUUUUAAAAUCCUCACAAGUGCAACAAAGACAUUUAGGAUUCUAAAUUCAGCCCCAAAACUCUUGCGCUCGACUGUAACCUCUGGCAUCAUAUUCCAUCUUGUAUGUUAAUGGUGUAAACAAAAGACUUACUGUUGUCUAUUCAGAUGUGCUUGAACUGAAAUCAUCAUAAAAAAAUAAAAAUAUGUUUUUUCCA